GGGAUGAGAAAAGCCGGCCCAGAAGAGCGUCUCGUACACAACCUGCCAUGAGAUGGUCAGAUGGGCUGAAGGUAAGGCAAAGGCUGCUUUUUCUUAACAAGUCAUGAACUUGCUAUUAAAUUACUAAGGGGGUUCUAAAACCAGAUAGUGUUUUCUAUAAAUUUUAUCUUGGCCACAAGGGCUUGGUAAGUGUCCACAGAGAGAGUGGUUUUCUGCUCCUGAUGACUUUGAAAUACAGAUUUACGUUAGGGUUUCAGUGGAGAAUGAUUUCAACAGAGCAGGAGACAGGAAAGGGAUCUAUUUGAAAUCAUGAGAUAUAUUGACAUUCUGUUUCACUUGCUGCUUUUUCCAUUUUACAUACUGCACGUUCCCAAGCAACUCACACUUGCAAACACAGCUAUGGAUACACUAUUUGUCUUGACAAUAGUUACCUUGGAAUUUAGGUCUAGUUUUCUCUCUCCACUUCCCUGUUUCCUAAUAGUAUAUGACAUAUAUGGUAGCAGAUUGAGUUAGAGGGUUUUUAUAAGUCUGUGUUAAUGGUCUGUAGCCACUAGUGUGAAGCUAGUGAGGAUGAGUGGUCAGGACCUAGUCACUUUGAAUGUGGGAGGGAAGAUAUUCACAACAAGGCUUUCUACCCUCAAGCAGUUCCCUGCCUCUCGGUUGGCAGGUAUGUUAGACGGUAGAGACCAAGAGUUCAAGACAGUUGAUGGCCAGAUUUUUGUGGAUAGAGAUGGUGCUUUAUUUAGUUUCAUUUUAGAUUUUUUGAGAACUCAUGAGCUUCUGUUACCCUCGGACUUCUCAGACCAUUAUAGACUUCAGAGAGAGGCUCUUUUCUAUGAACUUGAUGCUCUUGUUGAUCUCUUAAGCCAAUACCUUCUCCAAUCAAGAUCUGCUGUCAUGGAGGUGCAUUUCCUAAACCGAAAUACUCAAGCCUUCUUCAGAGUGUUUGGCUCUUGCAGCAAAACAAUUGAGAUGCUAAGUAGGAGGAUUACAAUGUUCCUAGAGCGACCUGCAGCACUGACCAGAAACAGUAACUCCCCAGUGGCUUUACCUCCACAGCGACCUUCUCACCACGACCUGCUUUUCCACUGUGGCUCUGAUGGCAAUGCUGAGACCCACGCUGAAGUCAGGUAUUUUGAAUGUUGAAGCAGCUCUUCUCCAGUACAUUUCCAUAAAGCCUGAUAAUCGAAAACUGGCCAAUGGAACAAAUGUCUUGGGCCUACUGGUCGACACUUUAUUAAAGGAAGGCUUUCAUCUGGUCAGCACUAGAACACCAGCCUCUGGAGACAAAAGUGAAUGUUAUGUCUUUGAAAGGAUAAAAAGCCCUCAAGUCCUUGGGAUGAAUAAAACACCCAAAUCAGAAACUACCACCAUACCAGCGCCAUCUCAGAAGUGACAGUUCUUUGGAAAUUCCAUAUCAGGGCAUGUAUGUCAGACCUGUACUGUGUAACUUUGGGUUCCCCAAGCAGUGCUUAAAGCCACACAGCCUGUUCUCUCAAAACAGCGCUGUACUUUGUGCUUUGGCACUUGCUCUGUUUGUCAUGAACUCUCAUAGCUUUUAGAAAUGGGCUCUGGACUUGGACUGUGUCUAAUCCUAGUUUAGUCAUUUAUUAGCUAUGUGACUUAAUUGAGACAUUUAACAUUUCUGUGUUUUAACUUUUAUUAACUAGGGACAAAAAAAAAAACUCUCCUCAUAGGGCUAUGAGGGUGGUGGUUAAAGGAUACAAAGUCCUCAUUAUGUUGCCUGGCAUGUGGCAGGCAUUCAGUAACUGUUAUUAAUGAUAAUGAUCAUGGGUCACUUGCUUUCAAACCCAUCUCUUCUCCAGGGCCUUGUUUUCUCCCUUGCCUUUUGCUUCUCUGCAGUGUCAGUGCCUUAGGGUUCUAUUGCUGUAAGGAGACACCAUGACCAUGGCAACUCUUAUAAAGAAAAACAUUUAAUUGUGGCUGCCUUAGAGUUUCAGAGGUUUAGUUCAUUAUCAUCACAGUGGUAAGCAUGGCAGCAUCCAGACAGACAAGGUGCUGGAAGAGCCAAGAGUUCUACAUCUUGAUCCUUAGACAACAGUGAGCAUAGCUUGAGCAUAGGAGACCUCAGAGCCUGCCUCCAUAGUGACAUACUUCCUCCAACAAGGCCACACCACCUAAUAGUGCCUACUCCCUAUGGGCUAAGCAUUCAAACACAUGAGUCUAUUGGGGGCCAUACCUAUUGAAACCACCACAGUCAGUGACUGAACCCUCAUGCAUACAAAGUAAGCAAGCCCUCUAUGACUAUGAUUGUACCCCUCAGCAGAUGAUCCUUCUAUAUAGACUUAUAUGUCAUCAUAAAACCAGGUU